AUGGCUACCACUUCCACAGGAAAUAUCGCACGGUAUUUACGUCCAGAACGUUUUGAUGUGGAACCUAAUAUAUGUGGAGCUGAUCUUCGUUGGACUCACUGGCGGUAUACUUUUAUAAAUUUCUUAUCUGAAGAAUUAUCAGAAUUUAAAGACGAAUCACUCAAAUUAAAACUCUUAGUCAACCAUCUUUCGCCAACUGUAUAUUCAUAUAUAAAAGAAUACCAAACCUAUACUGAAGCUAUAGAAGCACUAAAUAAUAUUUACAUAAAACCACAAAAUGAAAUACAUGCUCGACAUUCUCUUACUAUAAGAAAACAACAAAUAAGUGAAAGUAUUUCAGAAUAUGUACAAGCACUCAAACUGUUAUCUCAUAAUUGUAAUUUUAGAGAAGUAUCAGCUGAAGAAUAUAGAAAUGAAUAUAUUCGUGACGCAUUUAUCUCAGGUAUUCAAUCUCAACAGAUACGUGAAAGACUCCUUGAGCAUUUAUCACUUACUUUAGACGAAGCACUUAAUGUAGCAAUUUCGCUUGAAACAGCAAUAAAUAACACGAAAUCUUAUUCAACUCCAACGACUCUUAAUGCUCUCAAUAUGUCUAAAAACACUAUAGACUUAGUACAAAACAGAAAUGAAACUAAGAAAAAUUAUUAUUCUCAGCGAAAAUGUUUUUUCUGUGGAGGAAAUGUACAUCAAAGGAACAAAUGUCCUGCUUUUAAUUCCUGUUGCCAAUUAUGUUCUAAGAAAGGUCAUUUCGCUAUUGUAUGUAGAAGUAGACCAACUAUAAAUUCCGUAGAAACUGAAAUUGAGAACAAUAUGUCUGGAAUAAUAGCUGCUUCUCCGUCUAAUUUACGAAAAGCUACAAUUACUAUAUUUGUCAAUGAUACAAAAGCUGAUGCACUUAUUGACACUGGCAGUUCCGUGAGCUUUAUUGAUCGUAAUCUGGUGCAAGCUAUGAAUCUCAAAAUUAAACCAUGCCAUCAAACGAUUACACUAGCAUCAUUGAAUCAUGUAUCACAUGUAGAUGGUAUCUGCUAUCCUACUAUUCGACUGAAUAACUGUACGUACAAAAACAUACCAUUACUUAUUGUAAAUAACUUAUGUUCUGAUGUAAUUAUUGGACAUGAUGUUCUUAAGGAUCAUUCGUCAGUAGAAUUACAUUUUGGUGGAAAAAGAGAAAGCCUUCAAAUCUGCAAUGUCAUGCAAGCAACUGUUCCAGCUGUGUCUGUUUUUACAAAUUUAUCUCCUAACAUAAAACCAAUAGCAGUCCGGUCGAGACGCUAUAGCACUGAUGAAGAAACUUUUAUAAGACAAGAGAUACAUAAUCUUUUACAAGAUGGAGUGAUUGAACCAUCUGUAUCUCCUUGGAGGGCACAAGUAAUAAUUAUUGGGGGAGAUCAUCACCGGCGCCGCAUGGUUAUUGAUUAUUCGCGAACUAUUAACAAAUAUACAGAACUUGAUGCUCAUCCACUGCCUAGCAUAGAACUGGUAGUUGCUAAUGUAGCUAAAUACAAUUAUUUUAGUCAAAUUGAUUUGAAAAGUGCUUACCACCAAAUUCCAAUAUUAGAAAAAGAAAAAAAGUAUACAGCAUUCGAAGCAUGUGGUAAUUUAUAUCAGUUUACUCGCAUUCCAUUUGGAGUAACCAAUGGCGUAGCUGCUUUUCAACGUACACUGCAAUUUAUAAUAGAGUCAGAGAAACUUAACGGCACAUUUGCUUAUUUAGAUGAUAUUACCGUAUGCGGCAAAACAAAAGACGAUCAUGACAAAAAUUUGGAAAGAUAUAUGAUGGCAGCCGAGAAAUACAGUUUGACACUUAACAAAGACAAAUGUACCUUUUCUUCUAGCUCUAUAAAUUUACUUGGUUAUAAUGUUCAUAAUAACACUAUUAAACCAGAUUCAACUCGUCUUAAGCCACUUCUUGACUUACCAGUCUCAUCAGAUGGACCUUCACUGAAAAGAACUCUCGGGCUUUUUGCGCAUUAUUCAAAAUGGGUACAAAAUUUUUCUGAAAAGGUAAGGCCUUUAAUCUCAAGCAAAAGCUUUCCACUCGAUGAAACAGCUAUUUCUAGUUUUAAUUCUCUUAAAUCUACUAUUGCUAAGUCAUGUUUGACUGCAAUAGACAAUGAAGAAAGAUUCGUCGUUGAAACUGAUGCUUCUGAGCAUACAAUUGCAGCAUCUCUUACACAAAAUGGAAGACCAGUGGCAUUUUUUUCUAGAAGUCUUUCCGAUUCAGAACGCCGUCACUCUGCUAUUGAAAAAGAAGCUUACGCAAUUGUAGAAUCUUUACGCAAGUGGCGACACUAUCUCUUGGGUCGACAUUUUCUUUUCAUCACCGAUCAACAGUCAGUUUCAUUUAUGCUGAAUCAAAAUCAUACAAGCAAAGUUAAAAACGAGAAAGUUGAACGAUGGCGCCUUGAGUUGUCGUGUUAUAAAUACGACAUUAUAUAUAGACCAGGGAAAGAAAAUUUCACUGCUGAUGCUUUGUCUAGAAUAAGCGCUAGUAUAUCUACAAAUAAACUUUAUGAAAUACACGAUGCUUUGUGCCAUCCUGGAAUAGUGAGAAUGGCACAUUGGGUACGUCAAAAGAAUCUGCCAUAUUCGAUUAAUGAAAUAAGAUCCAUGGUUUCGUCUUGCCCUAUUUGUUCAGAAAUAAAACCAAGAUUUGGUCAGACACACGGCCAUCUCAUAAAAGCAACUUCGUGUUUUGAACGACUUAAUAUAGAUUUCAAAGGGCCUGUGCCAAGUAACACUACUAAUCGUUAUAUAUUAACAGUAAUCGACGAAUACUCUAGAUUUCCCUUCGCUUAUCCAUGUAAAGAUAUGACUGCUUCAACUGUUGUUCAUUGUCUGAAAGAUAUCUUUUAUCUAUUUGGUAUACCACAAUAUAUUCACUCUGACAGAGGAACAUCAUUUUUAUCAGAAGAAGUCCAACAAUUUCUUCAUUCCCUUGGAAUAGCUACUAGCAGAAGCUCUCCCUACAAUCCAGAAGGUAACGGACAAAUAGAAAGACUAAAUGGAACAUUAUGGAAGAGUAUUCAACUAAGCAUUCGGUCCAAAAGUAUGCGAAUCGAAGAAUGGGAAAAAGUUUUGCCUUUUGCUCUUCACUCAAUACGCUCGUUGUUAUGUACAAGUACCAAUGCAACCCCUCAUGAACGUAUGUUUCAUCAUCCUAGACGAUCAUUAAAUGGACAAUCUAUGCCAACGUGGUUACUUACUCCAGGACCUGUACUACUUAAACGACACGUAAGAAAUUCUAAAUAUGACCCAUUAGUUGAUGAAGUGGAAUUAUUACAACCUAAUCCCAUGUAUUCAUAUGUCAAGCUUCCUGAUGGUCGUGAAACAGUAGUUUCUAAUAAACAUUUAGCUCCUUUGCCGCAACUUAAUCGGGAGAGUGAAGAAAGUGCUGAUAUGGAGCCGGAUGUCCAGGGAACUAUAAAUGACACUGUGGAACCUGACGUGUCAAAUGAAGGACGGGCAGCCGAGUCCGAAGAACCUGUUCUACGCCGUUCCAGUAGAGAUCGCAGACCACCAGCUUAUUUAAGGGAUUAUUUAAGGGGGGGAGAAUGA